AUGGCGGCAUCCACCUCGACUUCCAAGAGUCUCUUCCCUGUCCCCUCAGGCGCCACAGCCACUGUUUCGAUCAUCGACACCACCACGCGCAUUGGACGGAUCCCUGUGUCUUACUUGAUGGCUCCCCCCCUUGAAGGCUUCGAGCACAUGCCCGAAAUCCCGUCGUGGUCGUUCCUGGUCGAAACCACCACCACGGGCAAGAAGGCGCUGUUCGACCUGGGGGUGCCGCCUGACUGGGAGAACUUCGCGCCGGCCGUGUACGAGGCGUUGAAGCCCCGAGGCUGGGAGAUCUAUGCGGAGAAGCAUACGAGCCAGGUCUUGGAGGAGAACGGGGUGGAUCUGAAGGGCAUCGGGAGUAUUGUGUGGAGUCACUGGCACUGGGAUCACCUGGGCGAUCCGUCCACGUUCCCUCCCUCGACGGAAGUGGUGGUCGGCCCUGGAUUCAAAGAAGCAUUCAUGCCUGGCUAUCCUGGCAAGCCAGACUCCCCAGUGCGGGAAUCUGAUUUCAAGGGACGACAGCUUCGCGAAGUGACAUUCACGGAGCCCGGCACGCUGCAGAUCGGCGACUUCCGCGCGCACGACUUCUUCGGCGACGGAUCCUUCUACCUGCUCGACACGCCAGGCCACGCGGUCGGACACGUGUGCGGCCUGGCCCGCACGACAUCUACCCCUGAAGACACCUUCAUCUUCAUGGGCGGCGACCUGUGCCACCACGGCGGCGAGAUCCGACCGUCCCCGUACGCGCCGCUGCCGACGCAGAUCCACCUCCACCCUGUAGCGGGCGCCAUGCAGGUACAUUCGCCCUGCCCGGGAGCCGUCUUCGAGGCCCUGCAGGAGCGGCGCGGGCGGUCGCCGGCGCGGACGCGGCCCUUCUUCGACCCGGCCAUGGGCCUCUCAAUCCCGCAGGCCAUCGACACGAUCGUCAAGGCGCAGAAGGCCGACGCCGACACCAACGUGCUGUUCAUCUACGCCCACGACGCCACCGCCAGGGGUGUGGCCGACCUGUUCCCCCUGACAGCGAACGAGUGGAAGAAGCGGGGCUGGCGCGAGAAAAUGUUCUGGGCCUUUCUCGCGGAUUUUGGCGUCGUCGCGGACAAGUAA